AUGGCACCACCUAGGGCUGGGGCUAGGGAUAGUUCACAACACAUCCUGAUCUCCUUUGAAGGGAACACAUUGGAAUGUGCGACCCGCAUCCCUGGGUCGUUGACAGCUUGGGAUAUCACCGACUACUAUGAAGAGACCCAAGGAACUCCGUUGGAAUUGUGGAACGGGAAUGUGAAGUUGGAAAGUGACAGGAAAAUUGGCCGAAUGAAGAAUCUGAUCCUGAAGCGCCUCAACCCUACGACUCCUUCGAAGGAGGAAGGCGAAGCUCCCCCUCACCCAUCAACCAUGCAGUCCUGGAUCACGGAGUUGAACUGA